AUGUCAGACAAUCACGAGCCAAUCCAUACCGAUUUUCAGGAGCAUCUUGCCUGGGAGAAGAUCGGGGCGGGAAUUAUCGACGGAGAGGAGAACGCGGUAUUGAAUAUCAUUUACGAGGUCUUCGCCCUGGUUGUGAGCCACAUCCAGAAGAUUGGCAAGACCCAAGAUAUCAGCGUCGAUGGUGCUGUACAAUUCAUGCUCAAAUCUAAGACGCAGCGCGACAGUUUGCGGACUGCUUUUGUUGCUCCCAAGUUCUUCAGCCGUUUACCUGCAAAAGUGCAGGUGUCUAAGAAACUCGUGCUCAAACAGGAGAUGUAUCGGCUCUUGGAGCGAUAUCAGAAACUUUUCAAGAAAACAUACCUAGAAUAUGGAUUGAGUCAACCGCAAGCACCUUCGAACGCUGGAUUCGACUAUCAUCGAGCCACUGUCAUUCCUAACGCUGAUGUUCAGGCGAACAUUAUAGAUCGAUCCCCUGAAGGAGAUUGGAUCAAUGGGCCAUCCAUCUCACCCGCUCAAUUUACCGUUCUACAGCAGCACCUACACGAUGAAGGGGUCUUGGAGGAUGGCGAUAGCAUGUGGUUGUGUCCCAUGCCAAUGCAGGAACUCAAUGUCAAAAAAAUUGAAAGCCCUCAACCCGUCUCACAAUCAUCAUCCGAUCCGACUCGGGCACUAGGGGCAACCUGCUUCCCACCAGCAGACAGCCAGAUCUGUUACAUCCUGGGGCUCCUGUCUACGUUCCUGAGGAGGGGCCCGAAGUUCUGUCUAGAAGAGGGCCGGCGUACCGGUUUUGUAGACGCAGAAGCCAGCUUGCCUGGUCGAUUCAAUAUCUGGGUCAAUCUACGGAUGAGACAAGCAAAACAUCAGGUCCUGGAGGAAGCCAAGUCGGGGAACUAG